GAGAUGACUCGCAUGUGUUUAUUGUGCCAGAAAUCGGUUAAAAACCUAUCGUCUCAUUUGAGUCGGGUCCACAAAAUAAAUGGUCCAGAACGCACAUACUGGUUUCAGCAAGGAAAGAGGAUCAAAAAUGACCUGGGUCAUCUUUUCAAACCCACCACCUCACGGACGCGGAAAAUGGUCCAACAGAUAUUUGUAGUAAAUUCCAGUUGCUGCAUCCAUUUACUUGUAUGGUAGGAGGAAUUACAGAUGCGGAAAAACAUCUUGGGUACAGCAGUUAUUGGAGCAUGCGCAAAUGAUCAUCAACCCUCCACCUCAGCGUAUUGUAUACUGUUAUUUUCAAUGGCAACCAGCCUAUCUAGAAAUGUUAAGAACCGUGCCUGGCAUUGAAUUUAUUAGAGGUAUUCCGCAGGAACUGGAUCAAGAUUAUUUUUUAAUGUAAAUGUACGAAAUCUUAUAGUGAUCGAUGACCAGAUGACCGAAACUGGGAAUGAUAAGCGAGUUUUAAACUUGUUUACUAAAGGAUCGCAUCAUCGCAACCUGAGUGUCAUCUACAUGGUACAGAAUAUCUUUCAUCAAGGAAAAGUUAAUCGAGGCAUUAGUUUGAAUUGUCAUGAUUUGGUUAUAUUCAAGAAUCCAAGAGAUAAACUUCAAAUUCUCAAUCUAUCCAAGCAAAUGUAUCGUCCUGGAAAAACUGAAUAUUUUCUGCAAAAAUAUGAACAAGCCGUGAGUAGACCUUAUGGAUAUCUCUUCAUUGACUUGAAGACAACCACCCCAUACGACUGCAGACGGAGAACCAAUGUCUUCCCUGGAGAGAAGAAAGAGCAAGAGAAAAAUGUACCUGAGGAAUUGCUUCAUUACCUCGGUAGGCAAUAUCUUGUACUACCCCCAGAGAUUUUGAGAAUGCAAAACUUGAAAGAUCAAAUGAAUACCCUUCUAAAGGAUCCUAAUAUGGACAACAGUCAAAAAGCAAGGCAAAACGUUCAUCUCCAGAACAAUUAUCUGCGCUACAAGGACAAAAUAAAUGGCCCAGCACAGUGUGAUCAGGUAAUUCAACACCCCUUAGUAGCUUCGCUGCGAAAAUUCAGUCAUCAUCAGACCAAUUAUCUAUCGAGCCCGCAAGGAGUUCACCGCUACCUGCUGAACGUAACCUUCUAACUUUCUUCCUCCACACGCAUUAUCACCUAUCACUGCCUCUCCUGUGUUACUCUCCACUGAACCACAAAUGCCAGAGACUCCUACAUCAUCUCUCAUGGCACCUUCUCCUUUGAUACAACCACCUUCUUCGCUAUUAACCCCACCUGAUUCACUUCCCAAACGUCGUAAACAACCACGUCUUGAAUUACUAAACUAUUUAGAAGGUGACCCCAACAAAAAGCCUUGAAAAAGUGCGCGUCGAUCAAUACGAUUAAAGAUGAACCAUUCCCCUUAUAACUACUAGUAUGACAACUAGUUCAUAACCUUAGUCCAAUAAAAAAGGUUGAUAAUAUUUGAAAUAUUGUUAUUACUGUAGUAAAUGAUAAAUAAAUAUUUUAC